AGUUUUUUCCUUUGUCAUUGUUUUUUCCACAGGUUUUUUCUCAUCAUCUUUUAUUUAUUGAGUGGAAGAAAUACGGAAGGGCUAAGCUGAUGAUAACUGAAUAAGGUUGUAUAGUGGUACUCAAUUGGGUAACGGGCUCGCAUCUCACGGCAGAAAUGCAGUCAAAUCCAGACCGUGACGUAGUUACGAAUGGCGAAUGAGUAUACUUUUGAGUAGGUACAUUGGGAUUGAUCAUAGUUUACCACCGCUGGCGCUAUUACGAUGAAGGAAAACAUGAUCCUACAAUAAAUAUUUUAAUCAGUAGGGAACUUUUAAGCUAAAGGAGUACAAAAAAAAGUGAGUCAGCGUAUUUUAUAGCUGUUACUACAUGCACCAAGAAAAAUGUGCUAUGUUUUUAAUUUUGGUGUGGCCUUCGUGUAUAUCUUGCAAAGGUUGUCCCAGUUCGCGAUGGCGGUGUGGAUGGUGUUCCUGAUGCUGGUGCUGGUGGGGUUCGCCGGCGCGGUGGGCGUGGCCUACGGGUACAACUACUCGCUCGCUGAGUACAUUUACAACAAGCCAUACGGACAGCCGUUCUUUUUAAGAGGCGGCAGGCUUAUCCACGAGCAGUUUUUUAUGGACCAAAAUCAAAUUUUGCAAUACUCUAACGUGCCAUAUGAUGUAGGCCUGGAGAGAUACAAUGAAGACAACUUCUAUAUGAAGGAAAUUGAACAUUUUACUCCGCCAUGGUACCCCCACCGCUAUGGCAAAUAUUCCAACCAGUUCAAUACCAAUCGAAGAAACAUGCAGGAUAUCAAAUCUGAACAAAAUCUUUUACAGAAACUUACGACCAUAAUCAGAAAGAUAAAGGAUGUUUCACCGGGAGUUGAGUCGAGGGUGUCGAGGAUGGCCGAGGACUUGCAGCAGGGAGCGGACCAGGACCUGGCCCGACCCAGGACAGACCCCGACUCAAGUUCUACCCUCAAGAGUGAUUUAGCUGAAACUGGGUCAGGUUAGGUUGAACCCAAAACUGCUACAUGAUGCUGUGAAGGUCGAGACUGAUAUUAUUAUGAUUUUUUGCAUGACGAUUAUAUUAGAAAUUAGAACUUCUUCUAUUUUACUUUGAUAAAGUAUAAUUUUAAUUGCCUUUAGACAAUUUUAAGUGUUUUAUCUUUUAUUUUUGUAAGUUUCAUAUAAUUAUAUUAAAAUAAAAUUGAAAUUAAUUAUUA